ACACAACAUUACACUGCGCACAGGCAGCUCUGGAUUUGACGUACUAUUUUUGUGAACCAGUAUUUGACCGGACGAAAAAUGGUCACAAUGGACGAACUUUGUGAAAUGGAUUGCGGCGUUUUGAAAAGGUUGAUGAAGGACGACAGUGCGAAAUAUCUGGUGUUGGACUGUAGAUCAUUUCUCGCGUUUAGCGGCGGUCAUAUCCGCGGUGCUGUAAAUAUUCGGUGUAACACGAUUGUUCGGAGGCGAGCGAAAGGCUCCGUGAGUUUGGACCAGAUUCUGUCCAGUGACGACGAGGUCCGAGACAGACUCUUAUCAGGGUUGUACUCCGCCGUGAUCUUGUACGAUGAACGGACGUCAGAUACAAACACUAUUAAAGACGACAGCACAAUCACCCUGGUACAUAACGCGUUGUGUAGGGAUACAUUUAGUACAGAAGUCUAUCUGCUGAAAGGAGGCUAUGACAGAUUUUCCACACAGUAUCCCAAAUACUGUUUGAAAACGAAAACAUUGACUGUAUCCACUCCCCUAUCCAAUGUUGGGGCCAGCUGCACCUCCUGCGGAACACCCCAGCACGACCAGGGUGGCCCUGUGGAAAUACUACCCUUUUUGUAUUUGGGCAGUGCCUUCCAUGCAUCUAAGAAGGAUAUGUUGGAUGGUAUGGGAAUUUCUGCUCUACUGAAUGUAUCUUCAAACUGUCCCAAUCAUUUUGAAGGGGCUUAUCAGUAUAAGUGCAUCCCAGUGGAAGACAACCACAAGGAAGACAUCAGCUCUUGGUUCAUCGAAGCCAUUGAAUUUAUAGACUCCAUCAAAGAUUCCAACGGCCGUGUUCUAGUGCACUGUCAGGCUGGUAUCUCACGGUCAGCCACUAUAUGCCUGGCGUACCUCAUGAAGAAGAAGCGAGUGCGCCUGGAUGAGGCCUUUGAGUUUGUUAAACAGCGACGCAGCAUCAUCUCCCCCAACUUCAGUUUCAUGGGUCAGCUGCUACAGUUCGAGUCUCAGGUGCUGGCCACUUCCUGUGCUGUAGAAGCAGUCAGCCCUUCCGCCACACUCUGCCCUAAGUCUUCCUCCACGCCCACGUCUCCCUUCAUCUUCAGCUUCCCAGUCUCAGUGGUGACGCACAGUCAGCCCAGUAGUCUCUCGUACCUACAGAGUCCAAUCACAACCUCGCCGAGUUGCUGAUACAUUGUCCCUUUCUGCGAGACUGAAAGACUGCACUCGCACACCAGAAAGAGAUUGUUGAAGUUUUGUUAACGAGGACUUUGAAGACAGAUUUAAUUUUUUGACACCCUUCAUCUGGCACACUCAUGUGGUCAAUCAAGUAUUUUUUUAUUUAUUAUACUUUGUAGUGAACAUGCGUUAAAUGGAUUGUUCAUCCAGAAAUUAAAUUCUGUCUUCAGUGUUUACCCUUGUGUUGUUUCAAACAGGUAUGACCUUCUUUCUUCUGUGGAACACAAAAGGAGAUAAUUUGAAAAAUGAAUUGGUCGAUCUUUUCCAUGCAACUACAAUGAAUGGGAACUGGAGCUUUCAAGCUUCAAAGCACUGACAGCCUCAUUUCCCAUUCACUUUUAUUGUAUAGAAAAGAGCAGUGUUAACAUUAUUUAAGAUUUGGAAAAAAGUCAUACAGGUCUGGAACAACACCAUGAAUAAUGAGACUUUUCCUUUUUUUGAGUGAAAUAUCCCUUUAAUACCAGAAAAAUACAAUCAUAAUAUACUGUCACAGGAUUCCUGUGAGGACAGUACAUUUCCUUCAUUUCCUGUGGUUUACAUCCAAAGACUUCCAAAGGUCUUGUGAUUGGCUCGCAGGUUGACGAGAGCAGUGGGAAACGGAGCUGUGAUUUCACAAAGCAAACUUGGCAGUCUACGUCUCUCUUUCUGAUGGAAAGCAGGAGGUCCUUCAACCCUGACAGGUGCUUCAGACUGUGUCUGGACUUCCCAUUUAUCACCCCUCCAAUCUCUCUCUGGCUCUUCUUUGCCAUUUGGACAAGACUGAUUUCCUUUAAUACACACAUUCCUGCUGGAGCUCCGAGACUUGCUGUCUUUGGCGAAAGUUAGCUGGCAUGAUCUUUUGCAGGAAAUGGCUUUCAUCUAGGUUGUUUUGCUUUUGUCAGUGCCUUUUACAAAAAGGUACAGGACAUUCAGACACAUUUAGCAGCUCAUGUCUGCCCCAUCACCUUUUCUUCAGAAAUGCACACAAUGGCAGACUGGUGGCUGGAUGUUUGGCAAAGGGACUAAAGUAAUUCGAACUGCAAUACAGACAUAUUCUACAAUCCGUUCCUCUCAAAAAUUAGAGCAAUAACAUAAUUCUCCUUCCUCCCUGUCACCACCAAAGCACUGUAUGAUUUAUUAACUUUUUUGGUUGUAUUGUAUGAUCACUUUAAACUUCUGAUUUUGUUUGCCAAUUUGUACCGAGACCUCAAUUAUUUCUGCUGUAUGCCUUACCAAUAAUGACCGUGGUGUUCUUCCAAGUGGAAUGUUCUCAUUAAUAGACUAUUUAAGGAAUAGCGUAUGUAAGAUGAUGGGUUUGACGGUACCAGCUGUGACCACUGUAACUACUGUAAUGAAUUGAGAAGGAUCCAAUUUGGUAUGAAAAUGCCCCAAUUAACCUGACGGACUUAUAAACUGAAACCUUUUGGCACUGGAAGUUUGGGAAUGGGAAAAUUGGGAAACCAUCACUUGUUUUUAAGAUUUCCCCUUGAUAAUGUCACUGGAAGGGAAUCUUCUUGCCUUGAAGAGUUAUAGCAGGCUGCUUUUGCUUGAAAAUUUACAAUGUGUGUGGGGCCUAUUUCUCAUUAGUUUCUCAUGAGAUUGUGGGCAUCUUUUAUAGAGCUAAAUUUAUUUGACGUUUGUUUCGCACCCCGCCAGAAAUGAAGUGGUAGCUGAGUAGCAUACAUUUCCCAUAUUCAGUUGAGCUUUAGUUUUUUUUGCAUACUAAAUUGUCUGUUUGUUAACAAUCACUGAUGAUUGCAAUAUUUUUACUGUAAAUGUCUGAUGCUUAUGGCAAUAUUGUUCAGAGGAUUACGAUUUUUUAAGUUCUGUUGUAUUAUAUGUACA